AGAAAAACAAUUUAUGAUAUAAUCGAAAAAUAACUAGAACGAGAAACAGAGAGACGGGAGAGACGAGAGAUGGCGAGUGGAGUGAAAAGCGCUUUUAAGUCGGUCAAAGUGAGGGGUCUCGGCACCUUCCUGCGAGACCUUAAGGAAACAGGCUUCUUGAAUGUGCUUUUUGAUGGAAAUCUCUUGCAAACCAAAAUCCACAAUAUAGGGGCAACACUUGUUGGAGUUGAUAAAUUUGGUAAUAAGUAUUAUGAGAAGUAUGGAGACACUCAACAUGGAAGACACAGGUGGGUCGAAUAUGCCGAGAAGAGUCGCUACAAUGCAUCUCAGGUGCCACCAGAAUGGCACGGUUGGCUCCACCACAUAACUGAUCACACAGGAGACGAGCUUCUGAUGCUGAAACCGAAGAGAUAUGGCGUUGAGCACCAGCAAAACUUAUCCGGAGAGGGUGAGGAGUAUAUUUACCAUUCCAAGGGACAUGCCCUCAAUCCUGGGCAGAGAGACUGGUCCAGGUACCAAUCCUGGCAACCCACCAAGACCCAGUAAUUUCUUUGUCGACUUUCUGUUCUCGUGCACAUUCUGAAUUAUUACUUCUCAUUUCCAUGAAUAGUACAUCUUGUACUUGGUUGAAGCAGUAGAUUUUGCAUAUGUUUACCCCAACAAGCUGUCGCCUAACAACUUCAUAUACUGGUUGUCGGGACUAACUUUCAAGUAUUAUCAAAUGAUAUUGUCAUAUUUCUUUCUUAUCUUCAACAAGUAUAAGAACUCUUUUUCUUUUUC